AUGUUGUAUAAAAUAUGGAAUUACAACAAGGUGACAUGGGAGCAUGGGACAGCAUCACAUGCAGCAGGUGAGGUGACAUGGGAGCAUGGGACAGCAUCACAUGCAGCAGGUGAGGUGACAUGGGAGCAUGUGACAGCAUCACAUGCAGCAGAUGAGGUGACAUGGGAGCAUGGGACAGCAUCACAUGCAGCAGGUGAGGUGACAUGGGAGCAUGGGACAGCAUCACAUGCAGCAGGUGAGGUGACAUGGGAGCAUGGGACAGCAUCACAUGCAGCAGGUGAGGUGACAUGGGAGCAUGGGACAGCAUCACAUGCAGCAGGUGAGGUGACAUGGGAGCAUGGGACAGCAUCACAUGCAGCAGGUGAGGUGACAUGGGAGCAUGGGACAGCAUCACAUGCAGCAGGUGAGGUGACAUGGGAGCAUGGGACAGCAUCACAUGCAGCAGGUGAGGUGACAUGGGAGCAUGGGACAGCAUCACAUGCAGCAGGUGAGGUGACAUGGGAGCAUGGGACAGCAUCACAUGCAGCAGGUGAGGUGACAUGGGAGCAUGUGACAGCAUCACAUGCAGCAGGUGAGGUGACAUGGGAGCAUGGGACAGCAUCACAUGCAGCAGGUGAGGUGACAUGGGAGCAUGGGACAGCAUCACAUGCAGCAGGUGAGGUGACAUGGGAGCAUGGGACAGCAUCACAUGCAGCAGGUGAGGUGACAUGGGAGCAUGUGACAGCAUCACAUGCAGCAGGUGAGGUGACAUGGGAGCAUGGGACAGCAUCACAUGCAGCAGGUGAGGUGACAUGGGAGCAUGGGACAGCAUCACAUGCAGCAGGUGAGGUGACAUGGGAGCAUGGGACAGCAUCACAUGCAGCAGGUGAGGUGACAUGGGAGCAUGGGACAGCAUCACAUGCAGCAGGUGAGGUGACAUGGGAGCAUGGGACAGCAUCACAUGCAGCAGGUGAGGUGACAUGGGAGCAUGGGACAGCAUCACAUGCAGCAGGUGAGGUGACAUGGGAGCAUGGGACAGCAUCACAUGCAGCAGGUGAGGUGACAUGGGAGCAUGGGACAGCAUCACAUGCAGCAGGUGAGGUGACAUGGGAGCAUGGGACAGCAUCACAUGCAGCAGGUGAGGUGACAUGGGAGCAUAAGACAGCAUCACAUGCAGCAGGUGAGGUGACAUGGGAGCAUGGGACAGCAUCACAUGCAGCAGGUGAGGUGACAUGGGAGCAUGGGACAGCAUCACAUGCAGCAGGUGAGGUGACAUGGGAGCAUGGGACAGCAUCACAUGCAGCAGGUGAGGUGACAUGGGAGCAUGGGACAGCAUCACAUGCAGCAGGUGAGGUGACAUGGGAGCAUGGGACAGCAUCACAUGCAGCAGGUGAGGUGACAUGGGAGCAUGGGACAGCAUCACAUGCAGCAGGUGAGGUGACAUGGGAGCAUGGGACAGCAUCACAUGCAGCAGGUGAGGUGACAUGGGAGCAUGGGACAGCAUCACAUGCAGCAGGUGAGGUGACAUGGGAGCAUGGGACAGCAUCACAUGCAGCAGGUGAGGUGACAUGGGAGCAUGGGACAGCAUCACAUGCAGCAGGUGAGGUGACAUGGGAGCAUGGGACAGCAUCACAUGCAGCAGGUGAGGUGACAUGGGAGCAUGGGACAGCAUCACAUGCAGCAGGUGAGGUGACAUGGGAGCAUGGGACAGCAUCACAUGCAGCAGGUGAGGUGACAUGGGAGCAUGGGACAGCAUCACAUGCAGCAGGUGAGGUGACAUGGGAGCAUGGGACAGCAUCACAUGCAGCAGGUGAGGUGACAUGGGAGCAUGGGACAGCAUCACAUGCAGCAGGUGAGGUGACAUGGGAGCAUGGGACAGCAUCACAUGCAGCAGGUGAGGUGACAUGGGAGCAUGGGACAGCAUCACAUGCAGCAGGUGAGGUGACAUGGGAGCAUGGGACAGCAUCACAUGCAGCAGGUGAGGUGACAUGGGAGCAUGGGACAGCAUCACAUGCAGCAGGUGAGGUGACAUGGGAGCAUGGGACAGCAUCACAUGCAGCAGGUGAGGUGACAUGGGAGCAUGGGACAGCAUCACAUGCAGCAUGUGAGGUGACAUGGGAGCAUGGGACAGCAUCACAUGCAGCAGGUGAGGUGACAUGGGAGCAUGGGACAGCAUCACAUGCAGCAGGUGAGGUGACAUGGGAGCAUGGGACAGCAUCACAUGCAGCAGGUGAGGUGACAUGGGAGCAUGGGACAGCAUCACAUGCAGCAGGUGAGGUGACAUGGGAGCAUGGGACAGCAUCACAUGCAGCAGGUGAGGUGACAUGGGAGCAUGGGACAGCAUCACAUGCAGCAGGUGAGGUGACAUGGGAGCAUGGGACAGCAUCACAUGCAGCAGGUGAGGUGACAUGGGAGCAUGGGACAGCAUCACAUGCAGCAGGUGAGGUGACAUGGGAGCAUGGGACAGCAUCACAUGCAGCAGGUGAGGUGACAUGGGAGCAUGGGACAGCAUCACAUGCAGCAGGUGAGGUGACAUGGGAGCAUGGGACAGCAUCACAUGCAGCAUGUGAGGUGACAUGGGAGCAUGGGACAGCAUCACAUGCAGCAGGUGAGGUGACAUGGGAGCAUGGGACAGCAUCACAUGCAGCAGGUGAGGUGACAUGGGAGCAUGGGACAGCAUCACAUGCAGCAGGUGAGGUGACAUGGGAGCAUGGGACAGCAUCACAUGCAGCAGGUGAGGUGACAUGGGAGCAUGGGACAGCAUCACAUGCAGCAGGUGAGGUGACAUGGGAGCAUGGGACAGCAUCACAUGCAGCAGGUGAGGUGACAUGGGAGCAUGGGACAGCAUCACAUGCAGCAGGUGAGGUGACAUGGGAGCAUGGGACAGCAUCACAUGCAGCAGGUGAGGUGACAUGGGAGCAUGGGACAGCAUCACAUGCAGCAGGUGAGGUGACAUGGGAGCAUGGGACAGCAUCACAUGCAGCAGGUGAGGUGACAUGGGAGCAUGGGACAGCAUCACAUGCAGCAGGUGAGGUGACAUGGGAGCAUGGGACAGCAUCACAUGCAGCAUGUGAGGUGACAUGGGAGCAUGGGACAGCAUCACAUGCAGCAGGUGAGGUGACAUGGGAGCAUGGGACAGCAUCACAUGCAGCAGGUGAGGUGACAUGGGAGCAUGGGACAGCAUCACAUGCAGCAGGUGAGGUGACAUGGGAGCAUGGGACAGCAUCACAUGCAGCAGGUGAGGUGACAUGGGAGCAUGGGACAGCAUCACAUGCAGCAGGUGAGGUGACAUGGGAGCAUGGGACAGCAUCACAUGCAGCAGGUGAGGUGACAUGGGAGCAUGGGACAGCAUCACAUGCAGCAGGUGAGGUGACAUGGGAGCAUGGCACAUGCAUACAUUGGCAUCGCAUGUAG